AUGAAGAAAGCCUGGAGACCUAGGGGUUUAAGCCGGCCUAUUAGCACGGCACAUAGACAAACCCUCGCCCUACGCCUUCAUCGGAGUAAUUUUGCCACAGUAGCUCAUGAUGCGAGACCUUUUGAUGUUAUAGUAAUAGGUGGCGGUCAUGCUGGAUGCGAAGCAAGUGCCGCCGCUGCCCGGUCCGGCGCACGAACAGCCUUAGUCACGCCCAAACUCGACAACUUGGGGGUCUGUUCGUGUAAUCCUAGUUUCGGCGGCAUUGGGAAGGGCACGAUAAUACGCGAGAUAGAUGCCUUGGACGGAGUUGCCGGGCGCAUUAUUGACAAGGCCGGUGUCCAGUUCAAGAUCCUAAACCGGAGGAAAGGUCCGGCCGUCUGGGGUCCCCGCGCUCAAAUCGACCGAGCGCUGUAUAAAAAGCACAUGCGCGAGGAGCUCCAGACGUAUCCAAAUUUGUCCAUUAUCACGAAUACCGUGUCGGACAUUGUCUUAGGUGAGAAAGUAGACUCUACUAGUGGCCCUCCAAAAAGCAAGAUCACGGGCGUGCGCCUUGAAUCGGGCGAGGUAUUACCAACUAGCGCGGUGAUCAUCACAACCGGAACUUUUCUAAGCGGAGAGAUACACAUCGGACUUGAUAUCUUUCCGUCGGGACGGAUAGGGGAGAAAGCAACUUUCGGCCUAAGCAAGUCUCUAAGGGAAGCCGGUUUCAAGCUCGGAAGGCUAAAGACGGGCACGCCUCCGCGAUUGCAUAGGGGAAGCAUAAAUUUUGAUAUCCUAGAAAAGCAGCUUGGGGAUGAUCCCCCGGAACCGUUCAGCUACCUCAACGAUCGCGUAGCCGUCCAGGACCAGCUGCUCUGCCACGCCACGUACACGAACGAGAAAUCCCACGACAUCGCGCGGGCCAACCUCGACAAGACAGUGCACAUACGAGAGACAGUGCGGGGACCGCGGUACUGCCCGUCGCUCGAGUCCAAGAUCAUCAAGUUCGGGGACAAGGAGCGGCACAUCGUGUGGCUGGAGCCCGAGGGCUUCGACAACGACACCAUCUACCCGAACGGGCUGUCGAUGACGAUCCCGGCGGAGGCGCAGGAGCAGCUGCUGCGCACGAUCCGCGGCCUCGAGAACGUGCAGAUGACGCAGGCCGGGUACGGCGUCGAGUACGACUACGUGGACCCGCGCAGCCUGAAGUCGACGCUCGAGACCAAGGCCAUCUCCGGCUUGUUCCUCGCCGGCCAGAUCAACGGGACGACCGGGUACGAGGAGGCGGCGGGCCAGGGCAUCAUUGCCGGGAUCAACGCGGGGAGGAGCGCGCAGGGGUUGGAGCAGGUGAAGGUUACAAGGGCCGAUGGGUAUAUCGGCAUCAUGAUCGACGACCUGAUCACGAAGGGCGUGUCGGAGCCGUAUAGGAUGUUCACGAGCCGCAGCGAGUACCGCAUGAGCACGCGCGCGGACAACGCGGACCUGCGGCUCACGGAGAUGGGGCGCGGGUGGGGCGUCGUGGGGGAUAAGCGGUGGAGCAAGUUCCUAGACGAUAAGGCGCUGAUGGCGGACCUGACGCGCAAGCUAAGGGACUGCGUUCGCAGCGCGCCGGCUUGGAACGCGGCUGGGUUCGCGAACAGAGUCGAUAGCAAGGUCCGUAGCGCGCUGGAUAUCCUCCGGCUCCCCGGCGUCAAAGUCAACGACCUCGCAGCCGAGGUACCCGAUAUCGCGGACUUCUCGGAGCGAGUGAGGUACCGCGUCGAGAUCGAGACACGAUACGCGCCGUACGUCAACAUGCAGGCCGCGGAGCGGCAGGCGUUCCUCAAGGACGAGAGCCUGCGGCUGCCGACGGAUCUCGAUUACGACGAGGUCGCGGGCCUGAGUUUUCAUGAGAGGGCCGCGCUGAAGGAGGCGAAGCCCGAGAGCGUCGGGCAGGCUAGGCGCAUCGAGGGUGUUACGCCGGCGGGGGCGGUUAGGCUGCUUGCUUUUGUGCAGAGGGGUUUUCAGCAGCAGGGGAGGGGGGUGGAGGUGGAGAUGGAGGUGGAGGUGGAUAUGGCGCCGCUUGCUGGCGGGGUUGAUGGGAUGGAUUCUGAGGCGAGGAGGGGGGAGUUGUGA